AUGCCCGAGCUAAAACUAACCAACAGUCAUGGAUCGACCGCUGCCUCCCAGCUUCCUUUACACACAUCUCACGCGCCAGAAGUCCCCAGCAAAGGCACGGCAACAAAUUCAUUGUCACACGCCUCGCACGCAAACUCACAUUCACGCGCCCCUGCACCCGCGCCUGCACCGGCACCCGCACCGGCACCCGCACCCGUGGCAGGCGCUGAACACGCAUACUCAGUGACAGGCACUGAACACGCAUACUCCGUGACAGGCACUGAGCACGCAUACUCACACUCACACGGUGACAAGACCAAUGUCACACCCAACAGCGACGAAAUGGGCAACGAAGCAUCUAAACUCAAGAUCAAACUUUCGCACCUGAACCUGCGUGACCAGCGAAGUGUGGGCAGUCAACAGCAGGGACAUGGUGGCCUGGUGUCGAUGAGCGACUCGGCUCUUGAUCAGGUGCCACGCCUGCCGACGCCCGAAUAUCAGACGCAAGAUAUUCGGACCCCACUUGUUGAUGGCGUCGUCUCGCCCCUCUCGCCGGCGCCAUCACCACACCCGCCCUCCGAAGAGCAACUGGCCGGUCCCAAGCCGCAGGCCAAGCCGUCUAUUCAGCGCAAGGCCAUCGGCGGGCGUGACCUACACAGCACAAAAAGCCUGCCGCAGAUUCGCACGGAAGGUCCCGGCAUCACAAACGCCGAGCCCUUUCCCCCGGCACUCUCUACGCCUAUUGUCGCCCAGGACGCCAUCGCCAGUCCCUCGAGCGCCUACGCUGCCGCAUCUGGCCAGCCGCAGCCACAGCCGCAGCCGCAGUCGCAGCCGCAGUCGCAGCCGCAGUCGCAGCCGCAGCAGGGGUUCCGGCCACCCACGAGCUCUCGGCCACAGCAGCAGCGGCCUGCCGGCCUUCCGCUGGAGCCCCCGGCGCUCCGAGAGAAGAGGUCCCAAGCGACAAGCCUGCGCAGCCCGCAUCCCGGCAUGCAGCGGUCGCCCGAGUGGCGCACGUACCCCGAGCUGCGCGUCGAAGACCUGCCGCCGCCCAACCCGGCGGCGCUACGGUUCCCGGCGACGGUCAUGACGCCUGCGGCGGCGGGCGCGGUGUUCCCGGCGCUGCCGAUCAGGCCCAGCAUGGUGGACUGCCACCAGAAGCACCGGUUCAUCAACCGCAGCCGGCAGAAGAAGUACGCCGUGGCGUGCCAGACGUGUCACAAGGCGGACCGCGAGGACAGGUGGAAGUGCGCGGCGUGCGAGCUGCGCAUGUGCGACGGGUGCUUCCACUUUAUGAACACCAACGGGCGCGACCUCAACAAGCUGGCCGACUACCUCGAGGCGCACCCCGGCGACAUGGCGGCGCCGCCGACGCCGGUGGCGAUGCAGCACACGGCGCGACCGGGCACGGCCAUGUCCAACUAUGGGUCGCGGCCGGGCACGAGCAUGUCGCAGCACGGGCCCCGACCGGGAACGGCCAUGUCGCAGCGAGCAUAG